CUAUCCAUUUACAAUGUUUGUGACGGAUUGCUAGACGCUCUAACUUUUAAACAUUUCCGUCAAAACGCCAAGCCUUAAUCCAAUCCAUAUCACUAAUCCUUAUCACAAAUCCUAAAUUUUCGUCUUACAACUUUACUGCCGCGACUUUUAUAAUUUCAACAACAUUGUCUCCAAAAUCAGUACCCACUCUCAGCGAGUAAAACGGGUCCCGAGUUACACUUAGAGCUAGUUACAUAUAAAAUCGAAGCGUUUACGAAAAGUCGUCAUGUCAUAAUAAAUAACUGGAAAGUAUAAUGUAUAUAUAAAUGACAUUAAUACAUUAUCGUAUAAUUUAUACCAAUGUCCUCGAUAAUAUGGAGAUAAAAAACAAUUAUUAUUGUUUUCCGCCACCACCGUCGGUUGGAUUCGAUUCUCAAACAUUAUGGUGUAUCUCUUGCGGUGUUCCACACGUCCUGUUUUUAUCUCACCGCAUUGUGUACUUGUGUGACAGUUGUAAUACGUAUACAACAACAACAACAAUAAUAACAAUAGUAAUAAUAAUAAUAAUGCAAUGCAGUUAUGUAGUAUACUAGUAUACGACACUAUUAUAAUAUGCGCUUAAAUAAAAUUGUAUACAUCACAUCGCGUAUACCAGAUUUCACUCAAUAAUGGCGGAAACGAUAAUUGCGAUGGACACCAGCCUGGAGAUGGACGAUGUCAAAAACGACGACAAAAAUAGUAAGAGUUCUACCACUCGUCUGUUGUCCAGGUCGUUGAGCAAGGUCAGCAACGUCACGUAUGACACCAAGAAGAACAUGGCGCAGGGGAUGAUGGACAUCGCGCUGCUCACAGCCAACGCUAAUCAGCUCCGGUACAUACUGGAGUUCCGCGGGGUUAAUUCUACGAAUUUCGUUCUACUGUUGGUGCUGAUUGCGUGCAGCCUCAUAUUACAAGUGAUUGUUGGAACUAUUCUCAUAUUCAAAGGUCGCAUGGCUUGUAUCAGUACCAGCACGUCCAAUGAGAUAACCAAAGUGGAUGCCAUCAAAUUAAACAACUAUGUAGUCCUUGGAGUGUUUCUUAUAACUGUCAUAAAUAUAUUCAUUGCAGCAUUUACAGUAGCACCGACUUAACAUUAUACUAAACACAACAUGGUAGCACAUUGUAUAUCACCAACAAAAUCUCAUACUGCAGCAUAGUAGUAGCAUCCGAUCCGUGAUCUUCACAGUUAUGAUGAUAAUGUUGUAUAAUGCUCUAUAAUAAAUUAAUAAUUAUAUUAUACUUAAUAUAUAAGAUAAACCCAUACGGCCAUACUCUAUGGCACAACUUGCCAAUAAAAUAUAUGUGUUGAAUUUCAAAUUGCAUUUUUAUAUUAUAUUUCAAUUAAAAAAUGACUACAGAAUAGAAAGUAUAAAAUAAAAUACAGAAUAAUUAAAUAUAUACCAGGGAUGGAAAACAUUUGAAAAA